UCUUUAUUUACUCUUUGUAUGAAAUGUGACAGUUGUUUAUAAACAAGUAGCCCAUUUUUUCCCCGGUUUUUUGAUAAUUACAAUAAUUUUACAUACAUUUAGAACUCCAGAAAUAUAUAUAAAUAGAGUUUUAUUACAACUCAACUAAUAAAAAAAACAAUAAACGUUCGAGGCAGAAAUAACCUAAUUCCCAUGAGUGAUGGAGCAAAACAAAUCAAAACCUAUUGGCAAAAUUUGUAUACCAGGAAUGAGAUUAUGUUCAGCAAAUAAAGAGCGUAUCGGUGGGCCAGGUACAAACGUACUCCAAGGUUAUAUUUAUGCUGCAUUGGCAGGCGUAUUAAAAACGCAGGAAGAUGAGAAAAAUAAGGUUACAGUCAUAUCUGUAGAAAGUCCGACAACCCCAAGUAUCCUGCCAAAACCUGGAGAUGUGGUCACAGCCAAGGUGACUGUUGUGAAUUCCCGUGUAGUCCACUGUAUAAUACUAUGUGUAGGCCCACACCUGGUCAGACCGUAUAGAGGAGUACUCAAGAAAGAAGAUAUUAAAUCAACUGAUAAAGAUAGGAUUGAUCCAUACAAGUGUUUCAGACCUGGUGAUGUUAUUUUAGCCAAAGUUCUUCCCUUGACAGAGAUUCACUGGUACCACCUUACAACAGCUGAAAAUGAACUAGGAGUUGCUAUAGCAACUGCAGAGGGUUCACCCCAAGGUGUCAAUAUGGUACCUAUAAGUUGGUCUGAAAUGCAAUGCCCAAAAACACUAGUAAAAGAGCCACGGAAAGUUGCCAGGAUUGUACCAGAUUACUUUGAUCAAAACCAAGUCAUUUCUUACACCGAUGCAGAAAAUGAAUCAAAGCCAAUCAAUGAUCCUAAGUAAAUGUAAAUAAUAUUACUACAAUAAAAAUAAAAUAUUAA